GAAUUUGACACAAGCACUACUGUACAUUUGCCAAUUUGACAUAGAUGUCGGUCCACAACGCACGUACCAAUGGAGAUCAAAAGGGUCCGGCAAGCAGUCUGUAGCCGAACAGCUGCUAUGUACACGCCAGCAACACACGCCUAUUCACACACACGCCACACACACAGACAGACACAGACACACGCACACACACAGACAGACACAGACACACGCACACACACACCAACACCCAUCGCUCCUCCCUCCCUCCCUCCCUCCAUCCAUCCCUCCCUCCCUCCCUCCAUCCAUCCAUUCUAUCUGGCCAGCCAGACAGGCGACUAGAGAUUUUUCUUGUCGCCCCCGCUGGCAUUGCUAAUGGAGUUCUCGCUGCUGCCGCCCGACGGGGCAACCACGGUGCUCGCAGACACACUACUGACCAGGGCCCCUCCUCCCUCCGUCAUGAGCUGCCUGAGGGCGGACUGCCGUCUCAGGGCGAUGAGUGAGGGAGGGGUGAAGGCCCGGAUGGCAAACAGCCCCAGCAACGCCGAAGAGAUGUGCCAUAUCCUGACAGACAGGAUGACAGACAGGAUGACAUGCUGAGGCUAGUGCGUGUCUGUGUUGGGUGUUGGGUGUUGUGUGUACCCGUGGUAGACUCUGCCCCAGUCGGUGAAUGCGUCGAGGCCCUUGACGAAGAAGUACACCGACGCCAGGAAACUCAACACAAACGGAUCUUUGAGAGACAGACAAAGACAAAUAGGAAGGUGAAACCGGCGCCUUCUCGCCUCUUACAGAAGUUCGGCCAGUCGACUUGUGGAGGCUUCCUGCGGUCACACACACUCAUGGACACAUCGUUUGUCAGCGAUCGACCCAUACAUGCAUCGCUGCGCACCUCCUGCCGAAGACGAUCCAGAGCAGGCUGAGCACCGCACUCACACCGAUGGGAACCAGCGUGUACCUGGGCCAACGACAAACGAGUGGGUGGGCACCUGUUCGAGAUCUGCAAUGCGGCUGUGGUGCGUACGUGAGGUUCCACGUGUCGAUGCACUGCGCCACGAUGGCGAAGCACAGGCCGCUGAGCUUCAGCCCGUCCAGCGUCAGGGGAUUCUCCACCUGCACACAGACAAACCGACGCCAUCAAAUGAGGCACGUAGCUAUGUGGACCCCCCUCCCUCUCUCUCACCUGUGCCAGGAGGAUGAACAGGUUGACGAACGAGCUGAUGGCAAACACAUUGUCUGCCAUGUGCCACUGACACAUACAUCCAUCCAUCCAUCCAUCCGUUCGUUCUGUGCUCACCCGCCCCUCGUUGCCUCCGAGGUAAGGGCACUCGAGCUCGUCAUCUAUGGUCUGCAGCACGUGGUACAGGGCCGACGUCACCGUCACACCAAUGCCUAUCACCGCAUCGAAGUGAAGACCCAGCCGAUACGACUGGUAGGCCGGCAGCAGGAAACACACGUUCGUGCAGCCCGUCAUGCACAGCUACACCGCAGAGAACAGCACACACACACACACACACACAGAUCACCCACCCUCUCUUGUAUGCGCUGGGUGGCGCACCUGUACAAUGAAUUCGGUGCCCUUGACCUUCCUCCAUGGCUCCACGUACUCGCCGUCAACGAAGAUGUAGUGCCGGUGAGGGGGAGAGGUGCUGCCCGUGAGGAAAUAGGCCGUCAGAGAGGCGACUCGCUGCAGGAACACGUUGGUCAUGUUGUUGAUAUUCAUCAUCAUGGACGAUAAGGGCUCUGACGGUCAGCGACGGGCAGAUCUGACCUACCUCUCCG